AUGUCAACCGCUUCGAAGCUUACCCUACUAGCGACCAUACUAGGUACCGCAGGCAUCGUUGCUUUCGUUCACUAUGGUCAAACCGUCGAGAAAGAGGCUAUGCAUGCUGGUGUCGUUCGAGAUAUGGAACAACAACGCAUAAAGCGCGAAAGACAGGCCGAUUUCGAAAUGCAAAGACAGCUCGAAAUAGAAUAUAAAAAGACUCAGACUGUGCGGGACACUACCGAUGCAGCUUGA